AUGUCGAGUAACGUGAUGGAAGGAGAUGUCAAGCUGGAAGAAAUGAAUGUAAGGGAUGAAAAACUUAAAAAUACAUUCACAGAGCUGGGGUUUACUGUCAAAAUAGAAUCGGACUUAACAGCAGAAGAGAUGAGCACAGUGAUUAAAAAUGCUGCUGAAGAGGACCACUCAAAUUAUGAUGCCUUUGUAUGCUGUAUUCUGUCCCAUGGCAACUAUGGUUUUGUCACUGGUGUUGAUGGUGGUACCUGCAAGAUCAUGGACAUCACCAGACAUUUGUCAUCGUCAAAUUGCCCAAGCCUUGCUUACAAGCCGAAAAUGUUUAUUAUACAGGCCUGUCAAGGCACCAUACAUGAAGAGAAAGUUAAUAUAAAUAUAA